ACGUAACUCGUAUGCGGUGAGGCGUGAGCCGUACAGAUAAGAUACAGACAAUCGUGGCUCGCAAACUGUGUAUAUUUUUAAAAAUUGCUUUGGUGCAGUGGGAGGGAAUUGCAUUUAUAGAAGCUUGAGUUUCAAGAUUAUUCAGUUGAAAAAACAAAGCCAGUAAGACUGCAAUCAUGACUGAACAAAACAUCAAGUCAGUGGACCAAAUUUUGGAGGAAUAUGUACCACAGGCCUUAUUGGAUGAAAAACUAAAACCCAUUCUGUAUGGGCGUGCAUUUACACCGUUGGACAUAGGAUUCGAAAAUGAACAUUUCGAAGUAAGAGGAUGGCAGAUGCUUAGUCAGGUCCAGGAACAAAUUCGUCCCCAACGUCUGGUUCGCGUUGGACUGAUACAACACAGCACAGUAGCACCGACAACGGAUCCUGUUCAAACUCAACGAAAUGCGAUACAUAAUAAAAUUAAAUCAUAUAUUGAACAAGCGGCACAGCAUGGCGUUAACAUUUUAUGUCUCCAAGAAGCAUGGACUAUGCCGUUUGCUUUUUGCACGAGGGAAAAGUAUCCGUGGUGCGAGUUUGCGGAGGAUGCCGAAACUGGGCCUACGACCGUGUUCCUAUCUCAGCUUGCUGAGAAAUACAACAUGGUAAUAAUAUCGCCGAUUUUGGAGAGAGAUUCUGCUGACGGUGACACUCUCUGGAACACCGCCGUGGUGAUCAACACGGACGGUACGGUCCUUGGGAAACACAGGAAGAAUCAUAUUCCUCGUAUCGGGGAUUUUAACGAAUCCACCUACUACAUGGAGGGUAAUACAGGACACCCGGUGUUCGACACUCCUUUUGCACGCAUCGCGAUUAAUAUAUGUUACGGACGUCAUCAUCCAUUGAACUGGUUGAUGUUUGGCUUGAAUGGGGCGGAGAUCGUUUUUAAUCCAUCCGCCACUAUCCAAGGAUUAUCGGAACAUUUAUGGCCAAUCGAAGCAAGAUGCGCCGCGAUAGCAAAUAAUUAUUACACUUGCGCUAUCAAUCGCGUGGGAACUGAGGUUUUCGCAAGUGAAUUUACCUCUGGUGAUGGUAAACCAGCGCACAAAGAUUUCGGACACUUUUAUGGCUCUAGUUAUAUUACCGCUCCCGAUGGCUCGCGAACUCCGGGUCUUAGUCGGCACAAAGAUGGACUUCUCGUUGGAAAAUUGGAUCUCAAUAUGUGUCGGCAUGUAAAAGAUAUAUGGGGAUACAGGAUGACACAACGACUUGAUAUGUAUGCUAAGGAACUUGCUGAAUAUGUUUCAAAGCGGAAUGAUAAGCGAGAUUAAAGAAAAAAAAUUGGCGAUACAGACUUUGCAAAGUUAUACUUAAGUUAUAAUUAGAAAUUAUGACUUAAUCAUAUAAAUAUUAAAAAUCGAUAAGUUAAUAAGUUUACAUGUUUUAUCAAUUUUAAUAAAUUUAUAAUGUACUGGUACAUCGUCUAUACCAUUAAGUGAAGUCAACGUUCAUAUUUUAUAGAAUAAGAUUCAAUUCAAUAGUAUACUUUGCGCUUUAAGCGUAGCGUCUCCAGUUGAAGUUUAAAAAAAAAAUAUAUAUAUAUAUAUAUAUAUUUGCACUGAAUUUUUAAUAAAAUGUAUGUUUUUCUA